CCGUCCCGGGACCCCGGCCGGCGGCCAGCGGCCGCCACGUUCGUCCACCGGCCCGGCGCCAAAACCCUAGGCGAGGGACCUCGGGAGGAGAGCAGCUAGGGCGGGGCCACCAUGGAGAAGCAGCUGGACGAGAGCAGGUUCGAGCAGCGGCUGCAGCUCUGGGCGCUCCGCAUCCCCCGCGAGCUCGCCUCCGCCGUCACCCGCCUGCUCCGCUCCGGGUACCUAUUCGACAUGCCGCGCGUGAAGCCUGUGGUGGAGGAUCCCGAGAGCGACAAGAACCGGCUCGUCGUGCUGUCGGAGAAGAUCCAGAGCGCCGACUUGUCUGAUAUUGAGGAGAAAGUUUAUGAUUCUUUGAAGCAACUAUGCAAUAUUGAUGUUGUACCAUACAGUUUGACCCUUGGUUAUUCUUACUGGAGUGCAGAUCAUAUUCUGAAGCAAAUCUUGCCUGCUGGAGUGGAGGUACCCUCUUCAUUUGAAACAAUUGGCCAUGUUGCACAUCUGAACAUACCUGAUGACUUGCUACCAUACAAAGAUGUCAUAGCAAAGGUCAUCUAUGAUAAAAACUAUCCAAGGAUUCAAACUGUGGCAAAUAAAGUUGGGAGUAUUACAAACGAGUUUCGAGUUCCGCAGUUUGAAAUCUUAGCAGGGAAAAGUGAUAUGGUAACUGAAGUAAAACAGUACGGUGCCACAUUUAAACUUGAUUAUGGAUUAGUCUACUGGAAUUCGAGACUUGAGCAUGAACACAUCAGAUUGGUUUCCCUUUUCAAGAAAGGAGAUGUUAUAUGUGACAUGUUUGCUGGCAUUGGCCCAUUCUCGAUCCCAGCUGCCCAGAAAGGAUGUAUUGUAUAUGCAAAUGAUUUAAAUCCAGACAGUGUUCAUUAUCUAAGAACAAAUGCACAGAUUAACAAGGUUGACGAUUAUAUCUUUACAUAUAACAUGGAUGCCAGAGUGUUCAUGCAGAAUUUAUUGGAAGUGCCUUGUUCAGGAAAUAAGUCAGAGUCUCAUGUUGCUGCUGCUAAUUAUUCUAGUGAAGACAUAAACCCUACUAAUGAAAGUUCAACUUCAAAUGAAAAUCAUAGUGAUGUUCGAGAGAGCUGCCAGAAGGAUAUAAAUGGCUCAUCCAUGAUGAGCACUACUACCAAAAGGCGACAAGAAACCUCAAAUGGAGGUGGUGCUUACUGCCAAGAAGAUGCUAAUCAUACAAAAAAGAGGAACAACAAAAGAGUAAAAGGCUCAGGGCCACCACCUAUCAAGCCGUGGGAGCACUUUGAUCAUGUCGUAAUGAACUUACCUGCUUCUGCUCUGCAGUUUCUUGAUUGUUUCAGUGGUCUUGUCCAAAAGAAAUACUGGACAGGAUCAUUACCUUGGAUCCACUGCUAUUGUUUCAUACGUUCAAGUGAAUCUGAAGAAUUGAUAUUGUCAGAAGCACAAAAUAAACUGAACGCCAAGAUAGCUGAACCCAUAUUCCAUAGGGUUCGUGAUGUUGCACCUAACAAGGCUAUGUUUUGUUUGAGUUUUAGGCUACCUAGCGAAUGCCUCAAGGGUGAAAGUGAAGAUCACAUACAAUCAGUUGACUGUUAGUCUCUUCCACACGGUGUAGUAGUUGUGGAGGUUCUCUAAAGGAAUGAGAUCAUCCUAGAAGUCCUUGGUUUCUUCCGUCAAGAUGGAAUGGAAUUACAUUUCAGGGUGAAAGGGAGUCAAUAGGGUAUUUUUCAAACGAAGAGGUGUUUUUCAUGAAAUCACUUUGAUAUACCACCAUUCGAAUUCCGGUGCCACCAGUUUACAUAUCUGAUUCAGAAAUCCGCCAGGCUUUUCAUAUCUGCCCUGCUUCUGGAUGCCAAUGCCUUCACGGUUUGUAGUUUUGAUUUUCUGUUCAUGCAAAACGGGAAAGGGUAGUAUUAUCGCAACUUAUAUUCUCCAGUUAUUCGAUGGUAUGCAAAAGCGGCAUUAUUACACCCAGCUGCUGUUUCAGAGACCUAUCAUUGUUCUCUGUAUUCUUGGUUUCAGAGUAAUCCUGUUGUUAUCAUUAAUCUCACACUUGUUCGCCUCUGCCACUGUUUUUUGCUCAAUCCAUUUCCCCGUAAUAUGAAUCCCUAAUUAUAGAGACUGAUGCU